AUGUUGAAGCCUUACCUUCUCUUUCUCCUCUUUGGUUUUCUGAUUUUGUCUGUUCAUUAUCGGGGAUGCCUAGGCCGCCGUGAGGAUGAUGAUGACGAUGAUGACAACCAUGACGACCGUGACAAUGAUGGUGGUGACGAUGACGACACUGAACCUCCACCCCGCGAAGCCCUUUCCCGUGCAAAUUCUGAUAAAGUCAAACUUUACGUCGGCCCCGACGAGGAGUACAAGACGAUCACAGAGGCAAUCAAUGCUGUUCCCCUCCAAAACAAGCAGCGGUAUAUCAUCAACGUCGCAGCAGGAGUUUAUCGUGAAAAGAUCAUAAUCCCUGCAACAAAAGACUUCAUCACACUUGUCGGUAACCCUGACGCCAAGUUUUCCACGGUAAUUGUGUUCAAUGGGAACACCAACAAUUCCGUCAAAACGUUCAACACCUCCACAUUUGCAGUUGAGGCUAAUUUCUUUGUAGCUCAGUACAUUACUUUCAAGAACGAUGCUCCGUUUGCUUACUCCGGAGCUGUGGGAGGCCAAGCCGUGGCCCUUCGCGUCUCGGGUGAAUACGCGGCAUUCUACGACUGCUUUAUUACUUCCAGCCAAGAUACCCUCUACGAUCAGAAAGGAAGGCAUUACUACAAGAGAAGCUACAUUCAGGGAAAUGUCGAUUUCAUCUUUGGACAAGGCCGGGCAUUGUUUGAGGUAAACUUACAAGAAAGUUUUACCUUUUCUUCUUACUUGGUUUUCAUCGUUCCCACAGGCUGUCUCAUCAUUUCAAACGCGAGGAGCAAAUCUGGAUCGAUCACUGCUCAGUCCAAGUUCAAUGCCACAUUGGACUCGGGCUAUUCGAUUUACAACAGCUACAUUGGAGGGACGGGCCUGGUGCAUCUGGGUCGUCCGUGGAAGGAAUAUGCUUCUGUAGUAUUUGUCAACAAUUACCUGGACGAAGUCGUCAACCCGACUGGAUGGGACCAAUGGGCUUACAACCCAGCCGCGGGGACUGCGUUCUUUGCCGAACAUGGGAACUUUGGUCCCGGCGCGGACAGCACCAGGCGUGUUAAUUGGAUCAAGCAGCUGACCUCAGAUCAAGCUUAUGAGUACAGCGAUAUAAAGUUUAUCGAUGGGCAGGACUGGCUCUACUUGGAGUGAUGAAGAUUCUUUUCACUCAAGUUUUAACUAACCACUAACCCAAGUUCCUCAAAU